AUGAGGCUGUCAACAAUCGCCUCCGCCUUCCUUGGCGCCACCGCAGCCAAGGCUAUCUCCACUGUUUCAGUCAAGGGCAACAAGUUCUUCACGGACGACGACGGCAAGCAGUUCUUUAUGAAGGGCAUUGCUUACCAGCUCACUCCAGAUGACCCGCUCAUUGACACUGAGCAAUGCACCCGGGAUGCCUCGCUUAUGAAGACGCUUGGUGCGAAUUCCAUCCGCAUCUACCACGUGGAUGCCAAGGGUGACCAUGAUGGCUGCAUGAGCGCCUUCGCAGAUGCUGGUAUCUACACCCUCAUCGACCUUGACACGUUUGAUACCUAUAUUCUACCGAAUGAUCCGUGGUGGAAUCAGACUCAGUAUGACCAUUAUGCUGCAGUCAUGGAUGCCUUUGCUGGCUAUGACAACACUCUGGGCUUCUUCGUCGGAAAUGAGAUUAUCGCUAUCAACAAUCAAUCUAUGGCAGCUCCAUUCAUCAAGUCUGCUGCUCGCGAUAUGAAAGCCUACCGAAAGUCCAAGGGCUACCGCGAUAUCCCGGUGGGCUACUCCGCGGCCGACAUUGCUGAGCUUCGGCCUAUGCUUCAGGACUACCUCACUUGCGGCGGCAACUCCAGCGAGAACAUCGACUUCUUCGCGCUCAACUCGUACGAAUGGUGCGGCGAGGUUACGUAUGAGACAUCCGGCUACGUGAAUCUACAAAAUAUGGCCGUCGACUUCCCGGUCCCCAUCUUCUUCUCCGAGACCGGUUGCAACACCCCGAAGCCGCGAACUUUUGCCGACCAAGCCGCUAUUUUCGGCAAGGAAAUGGUCGACGACUGGAGUGGCUCUCUGAUCUACGAGUGGAUUCAAGAAGCGAAUGACUAUGGUCUGAUUUCGUACGGCCCCUCAGUAGCUGCCACGGCUACUGGUUCCGAUAUCGAGGGCGGAUAUUCGCGUAAGGGUACCCCGACACCUAUUUCCCCGGACUUCAACAACCUGAAGUCACAAUGGGCAACCAUUUCCCCCACCGGUGUCAUCAAGUCCGACUAUACACCCAGCCUGUCAACGCGCGCUUGCCCCACGUCUACUCCUAGUGGCUGGCUCGUGGAUGGCAACGUCGCCUUGCCCACCCUCGGCGAGACCUUCAAGGGGAGCUACACCUCAACCCCCACGGUCGAUCCUGCUACCGUCAGCACGGCCACCGGAGCGUCUGCUUCAGCUUCCUCGACUGAGAACCCUGCAUCUCCAAACAAGGAAAUCACAGGAAUGGGCGCCGGCCUCGUUGGCGUCAUGCUUGUCUUCACUUUCUGGCUAUAA